AAAUCAGGAGUCGCAACCUGCUCCCAUCACUGCUAUAUACACACUCACAAUGACACAGGAUUAUAGACGCUAUGAUACACAGAAACAGCUAUACUUACAAUGACACACAGAAACAGGUACACAUAUUGAUACAUAAAACCAUAAUAAUUAAGAUCUAGACACACAGUGGCAGAGAUACAUGCACGUACAAUGUAACUCACACCAUCUUCAUCACAUACAGAACACGCUUACACACACACACACACACACACACAUACAUACACUCAUACUGCCACAAUGUAACACAGAUGCACUUAAAUAUUAAUAAUAUAUUUCACAUAGAUUUAUAGAACUAUGCUGUAUAAAUAUAUAUUUAGAAAUAUAACGACACAUUUAUAUAUUUGGUACUAAAUAAUGAUACAUGCAACCAAGCAUAAAUUAACAUACACACACAUCUUCAUAAAAAUUAUCACAAAUCCAAACACAUACAUAUACACCAACAGAAACACAACUAUAUAUUAAUAUCAAGUCAUAUUUAUAUACACAUACACAUAGCCAAGCCUAUGCUUGUACACUUGUAAAUAGAUUUACAUUAGCACACGCGUAACCCUUGACCACCGUUUUCAGAUCUGAGGAGAAGAUGCGUGGGUGACGUCACCAUGGCUGCCAUGUAUGGGACAAGGCCUAACUGGGAUUGGGAUCCCAGCUGCUGGACACUGAUAUGGAUUAUGAGCGCCCAAACGUUGAGACAAUAAAAUGCGUUGUGGUCGGAGACAAUGCAGUGGGGAAAACGCGUCUGAUCUGUGCUAGGGCAUGUAAUGCCACCCUGACCCAGUACCAGCUCCUGGCUACCCAUGUGCCUACUGUCUGGGCUAUAGAUCAGUACAGAGUAUGUCAGGAGGUGCUAGAAAGAUCCCGUGAUGUAGUAGAUGAUGUUAGUGUGUCACUGCGCCUUUGGGACACAUUUGGUGAUCAUCAUAAAGACAGACGUUUUGCCUAUGGAAGAUCCGAUGUGGUGGUUCUUUGCUUUUCUAUUGCAAACCCCAACUCCCUUCAGCAUGUACAGACUAUGUGGUACCCUGAGAUCAAGCAUUUUUGCCCCCGUGCUCCUGUCAUUUUGGUUGGAUGUCAACUAGACUUACGCUACGCAGAUCUGGAGGCUGUGAAUCGUGCUCGUCGCCCACUUGCAAGGCCAAUCCGCCCACAGGAGAUCCUGCCACCAGAAAAGGGCCGUGAAGUAGCCAAAGAAUUGGGAAUACCAUACUACGAGACAAGUGUGGUGGCACAAUGCGGCAUAAAGGAAGUGUUUGAUAAUGCCAUACGAUCAGCCCUCAUAUCUCGCCGCCAUCUACAGUUUUGGAAGUCACAUUUACGAAGUGUGCGUAGACCGCUUCCGCAGGCCCCCUUCUUGCCUCCUCGGCCUCCUCCUCCUGUUAUCAUUGUACCUGACCCCCCUGCUCAAAGUGAAGAUCACCCUGCACGGCUAUUGGAAGAGGCAUCCUGUGCUGAUGUGGUAUUGGUGGUUCAAGAGAGAAUCCGUAUAUAUGCCCAUCGCAUCUACCUCUCUACAGCCUCUUCCAAAUUUUGUGACCUUUUUCUAAUGGAGGACAGUGACCCUCCAGCACAAGCCAGAGACCCCUUACUACGGGCCUCCAGCUUUGAUGCUUGUGAGGGUCCUGGGGAAACAGAGGGUGGAGGUAUGCGAACAUCAGCCAGUGAUGGCACUUUGGGGAGGGAUGGAGGCCGGGAUCUAUCUGGAUGGAGCAGGGCUUUUGAAAGCAUCCACAGUGGUGUAAUGGAAGAGCCCCCAGGAUAUAGGGCACGAAAAGUGACUGUUGUAAAAAUGGACAGUUCAGUGAGGGCUGGUCCAUUCAGAGCAGUUUUGAAGUAUCUAUACACUGGACAUCUGGAUGAGAGGGAACCUGAACUAAUGGAAGUGGCACACAUAGCAGAACUUUUGGAGGUGUUUGAUCUGCGAAUGAUGGUAGCCAAUAUUUUGAACCGCGAGGCCUUCAUGAACCAGGAGAUCACUAGAGCUUUCCACGUAAGGAGGAGUAACCGGAUUAAAGAGUGUUUAGCAAAAGGGACCUUUUCUGAUGUCACCUUUGUGCUGGAUGAUGGAAGUAUAACAGCCCACAAACCUCUGCUUAUCUCUGGCUGUGACUGGAUGGCAGCUAUGUUUGGUGGACCUUUCCUGGAGAGCAGCACCAGUGAGGUGGUGGUUCCUUACACCUCCAGAAGCAGCAUGCGAGCAGUGCUGGAGUAUCUGUAUACUGGGCAAUUCACUGCCGGGUCAGACCUAGAACCGUUGGACCUCAUCAUACUGGCAAACAGGCUUUGCCUUCCACACCUUGUGGCACUAACAGAACAGCACACUGUGUCGGUCAUGCUGGACGCCUCCCUCAAUAAUAAAGACAUUGAUGGAGAGGCACUCAUGUUACUGGAGGCUGCACAGUUUCAUGGAGCACAACAGCUAGCUGCUUGGUGCAUGCAUCAUAUCUCAACCAACUACAACCGUGUGUGCAGAAAAUUUCCCAGGGACAUCAAGGCUGUGUCUGCAGAGAACCAGCAGAUGCUGGAGGCUCAGCGCUGGCCUCCUGUGUGGUACCUUAAGGAAGAGGACCAUUUCCAGAGGGCUCAGAGAGAACGUGACAAAGAGGCAGCCCUUCAUCACAAGAGACAACCCAAGAGGCGCUGGUUGUUCUGGAACAGCUCCGACACAGGUUCUCCUGCAUCUCCCACUACUCCUUCAUCUGCUGUAGGCUGAGACAUAACCCUCUUUUUCAAAAGCUUCUCCCCUUAACAACAAGCUGUGUGUCUUGAGAAAGGGUGCGCUACUCAUGUUUGUGUCUGAGACUUAUGUAAAUGAAUGAGCAUAUAGUUAAAUUUACUGUGAGAAAGAUACUGGAGUGGACAUGAAUAUAAAGACAAAAACAAUGUCAUAUAAACAUAACUCAGCACCAAUGCUAAAGAUUAAACAAAAAGAUAUAGAAAGAAAACAUUGAGCUUUUUUGGAAAAAUAUAUAUAAAUAGUUUUAGUAAUUUUAAUUAUGAAAACAUAUAUAGAAUAUUUUUUUUUAUGAGUAAAAUUACCAUUUUUGUAAACGUACAACCAAUCAGUUGACAGGCUUCAUCUGAUAUAAUAAUUCUAAAUAACUACUUGCAUAUUCUCCCCAAAUUUUUAAUGGCAACUAAUUUUAUUGUUUAAAAAUAUGUAAAGACAUACCAGUGACACAAACUCCACCAAUACAGCAUAAUGACUUACAAGUAAGUUUUACCAUCAUAUACAAUUACGGUCAGUACAUCCAUUACUAUAAGGUGGACACAAAUAACUUAUGGUAAAUAUAAAAAUAUAAAUCUCACCAAGGUUUUAUAGGCCCUGACUGUACUGUAAAAAUACUGCAAUCUUUUUUCUUGGGCUAGGCAGAGGGAGGGACACAUUAAAACAUGUAUACAUUAUAAUAAAGUGAUAGGCUGACUAAAGGUUACAAUUAAGUAACUUGAUGAGAUAUUGAACAUGUUAAUUCUGUACUAGCAGUUAGGUGAGCUCUGCAACCCUGAUAUAUUACAGCAUUUUACUGGCAAAAUUGUGUAAAGGUGUAUGGUUUAAUGAGUGAUUGUUACCUAGUGUGUCAUUUUGUCGGUAUGUUGUUUGUGGUUGAUUUAUUAUUUAAACUAGAAUUUCAGAAACAUGCUUGUGCACAUAAGGAAAAAAAAGUCACAUGAUAAGAAAUUAAAUUAGUUUGGAGAUCUAUUUACAAACCAUAUUCAUUAUUCUUCAAAUAAUGCAGUGAUAAUCUUUUUUUUUUUUUUUGGUCAGGUUUCUUAACCCUGUAAUUUCCAACAAUGAGUAUAAGUGGCUUAGGUCUUUUUUGUUUUGCAGUGCAAAAACAAAAUGAAUUAAAGUCCAUUUACUCUCCUGGACUCUGUGCUAGUAUGGAAUAUCCUGUAUAUUUUGUGUGUCCAGAUUUUAAUAAACACAAAAAGGAAUUGUGAGCACACCCGGAACAUGCAUUUUGUAGGAAUGGUGCUACCGUAGUGACCAAAAUUCAUGCAUAAUACAGAUUAAGUAACAUUUUUAAAUCGCCUACCUCAACAAAUAAAUAUGGGGGUUCAGUUCCACCAAAUGGCUAUAUUGUGUUACGCGCGAUAUCAGUAGGUCCGACACCAAUUCCAAACGUGGGAGGCAAAUUAAAUAGUGCUAGUGCUAAAUAAGCUAAAGUGUAUUUAAUUAAUCUAUUGUGAUUUGAAUAAAAUAUUCUAUUUUAAAGUUUUUUUUUUGUUAUGACAAAAUCAUAAUGUCAUUGGCCUUUAAAGAAACACUAUGGCGUUAGGAAUACAAAUCUGUAUUCCUAACGAUAGUCUCCCCCUCACCAGGUGCAGUAAAAUGUUAAACGUUUUACUAA